AUGGAUGCUUGUCACUUAUUACUCGGUCGCCCAUGGCAAUAUGAUAGAAAAGUAUUGCAUGAUGGAUUUAAGAAUACAUAUUCAUUUGUAAAAGAUGGUGUGAAGAUUGUGUUAGGUCCUACAAAAAUCGAAAAAGUUUCUCAAACAUCGAGAGUGGAGAGCAAUAAUUUUUUGACAGGAGCUGAGGUAAGAAAGAAUAUAGAGGAGACGCGUGAGGCUUAUGUCCUUUUUGUGUUGGAAGAAAAUGAAGAGCAUACCGAGUUGCCUCCAAUCAUGGGUAAUUUACUCCACGAAUUUACCGAUGUUAUACCUGAUGAGAUACCUCCGGGACUACCACCAAUGAGGGAUAUACAACAUUGCAUUGAUUUUAUACCUGGUGCUAGUCUUCCAAAUAAGGUUGCUUAUAGAAUGAAUCCGAAGGAGCAGGAAGAUUUACAGAGGCAAGUUGAUGAUUUACUGGCAAAAGGGUUCGUGAAAGAAAGUAUGAGUCCUUGUGCUGUCUCAGCACUUCUUGUAACAAAAAUGGAUGGUUCCUAG